AUAUCACCACUCGACACUCUUUCAAGCCACAGUUCACUCACUCUCGCUCUCUCUCUCGCUUUUUCUCUUUCUCUGAGAGAAUCGAAAAGGGAAAAAAGCCAAAGAACGGAGAACAAAUUUGUUUCUAGAGCUCUCCAGACCUCUCCAUUCGCCGUCUCGGAGCUCGCCAAAGAACAGUUCAAUGAAAAUGUUUUCAAUUUAAUUAUCAUGCAUUGUUCUUACAAAAGGCAAGCAAGUAUGAAUAAAGAAAAUGAACCAAAUGAAAAAGUUGAAGAGCCUAUAGGACGAAUUACACGAGCACGGUCUAAAGCCCUGGGGGCAGCAGGAGGAAUAUGCUCCUCCUCAAAACCAUCCUUCAAACAGGACCAAAAACGCGUUCUUCGAGGGAACUCAAAAAGAGCAGCAUCAGAUGAGAACAAAGCUUCUGUGACUGCCACUGUCGGCCUUCAGCCUAAAAGAAGGGCAGUGCUUAAAGAUGUGACUAUUGUCUGCGCAGAAAGUUUGUACAUGGACCGCAUAAAUGCAAAAAAAAUUCAGACCACCAAGCAGACUAUUAGAGACCCUAGGGAGAAUAAGAAAGAUAUGGUUGAAGAUAUCUCCGUGGAAAUCCCAUUAGUCGAAGAGGAUGUUAAAACAAAGUUAGCCGAAGACUUAUCAAAAAUAAGGAUGGUGGAAACACAAGAAAACACUUUACCCAAAAUACUGGAAGAAAGGGAACAAGCGGAACCUAUGUGUCCUGGUGCAAGAGAAUGUCCUGUAGCAGAUCCAAUGCCUCCAAUACAGCCUUCAAGAAUACCUGUUGGACUUCAAAGCCAUCAAGAAAAAGAAGAAAAUGAGGUUUGCAAGAAACUAGGAGCCUCAGAAGGUGUUGUGGAUAUUGAUUCAAACCUAAAAGAUCCUCAACUGUGUGGCUUAUAUGCUCCAGACAUAUACAAUAAUAUACGUGUUACUGAGCUUAACCAAAGACCUUCAACUAAUUAUAUGGGACAAUUGCAGCGGGAUAUUACUCCAAGCAUGCGAGGAAUCUUGAUUGACUGGCUAGUGGAGGUUUCUGAAGAAUAUAAGUUAGUCCCAGACACACUUUACCUCACAGUGAGCCUAAUUGAUCGUUUUCUCUCUCACAACUUUAUCGAAAAACAAAGACUCCAGCUACUUGGUGUUGCUUGCAUGCUAAUUGCCUCAAAGUAUGAAGAGAUCUGUGCACCUCGAGUGGAAGAAUUUUGCUUCAUCACUGAUAAUACCUACACAAGAGGAGAGGUGUUGAAAAUGGAGAGCAAAGUUCUGAAUUUCUUGUGCUUUCAGUUAUCUGUUCCAACCACAAAAUCAUUCCUCAGGAGAUUCAUUCAAGCAGCACAAGCAACUUAUAAGGUUCCUUGUAUGGAACUGGAGUUCUUGGCAAAUUAUUUAGCAGAGCUGACUCUUGUUGAGUACAAUUUCUUAAAGUUGUUACCUUCGCUUAUUGCUGCAUCUGCUGUAUUCCUUGCCAGAUGGACACUAAAUCAAUCAGACCAUCCAUGGAAUCCAACCCUGGAGCAUUAUACUAGUUUUAAGGCAUCAGAGCUAAAAACUACAGUACUUGCACUGGAAGACUUGCAGCUCAACACUAAUGGUUGCUCCCUGAAUGCUAUACGUGAGAAGUACAGACAACAGAAGUUCAAAUGCGUAGCAACGAGGACAGCCCCAGAAAGUGUUGUAUCACUUUUCUCAAGAUGAAGGGAAAGCUGAUUUGUCUUCUACACCAUGACAGUCCAUGUCCAUUCCCCUGCUCGGACAAUGAAUCUGAUUCCCAAAUCUUAAAAAGGUUUUUACAUUUUUAGUUAUUUCUAAUCUUUUUCUCUUCUUUUUCCUUUUAAAUUGUCCCAUUCAAUCUUCUUCUAUCAUUGUUGUAACAUGUUGUCAGGUUCUGGUGCUCCCAGACCAACUUCACUGUAACCUUGUAAUCACAUUUUAGACCGUCGAUGGUACAUCAUGCCUCAGAGGCAGAAAAUAAUCUUUUAGAACUUCCUUUUUCCGAUGGGAAUUGGGAAGUCCUAACCACCACAACUAGAAUUUUUUUUUAUUGGCUAGGUUGCAAAUUUGUACUUAAUUUCAACGUGACUCUUUGUAUGUAAGACUCCAAAAAUAAAAAAAAAACAAGAAAAAAAGAGAAAAAAGAAUGGUUUCUUUUCCCAUCUCCAA